UUCAUCGACAGCAAGAAAACCAAACUCACUCAGCCCCUUGACUGUCACCUUCUGCAGACUUCCGAGCAUCGGAGCUCUGCGACUACGGACGGACAGUGUCGUUUUCAUUUCUUAUCACCGGCUGAUCUCUUACAACUCUUUGUCGAUUCCGCGAGAUCUUUGUCUUGGCGGUUCUUCGCUCAUUCGUUACAAUGACUAGAGUUUAUAUUGGUAAUCUGGAUCCACGCGUUACAGAGAGGGAUCUCGAAGAUGAAUUUCGAAUGUUCGGUGUUCUUAGGAGUGUUUGGGUUGCUAGAAGGCCUCCAGGAUAUGCGUUUAUUGAGUUUGAUGAUCGCAGGGAUGCUCUAGAUGCAAUACAAGCUUUGGAUGGAAAAAAUGGUUGGCGUGUGGAGCUUUCUCACAACUCUAAAGGUGGGGGAGGAGGUGGUGGUCGUCGUGGCCGUGGUGCUGGCGGUGGUGGUGGUGGUGGUGGUGAUGAUUUGAAAUGUUAUGAAUGUGGUGAGCCUGGACAUUUUGCUCGUGAAUGCCGUUCACGUGGGGGCUCACGAGGUGUAGGAGGUGGUCUGCGUCGUAGUCCUUCUCCUCGGCGUCGUCGGAGUCCAAGCUAUGAAAGAUAUGGCCGCAGGAGUAACAGUCCUCGUGGUAAAAGAUCCCCACGACGUCGCAGCAUUACACCUCCUAAGCGCGGUCGUAGCUACAGCAGAUCUCCUCCAUACCGUCAUGCUCGUCGUGCUUCGCCUUAUGCUAAUGGAGAUUGAUGCUGGAAACAAGGCUGGAUGUUGUGCUGGUAGAACUUAGAUGAUGGUGUUUCUGCUAUACUGUAGUUCUAAUAGGGAAUUGUGGAGUGAACCGGAAUCAUGUAGUUAAGUUCGUCUGACAAUUGGUUCUCUUUGAAACCUGGAUUUGGAUGGGUGUCUACGAAGUGUUUUAAGCCAUGAAAUGGGUUUCUGUCUGGCACCAUUUUGUGUUGGCUCUCUUCCGCCCCGCUGAAACUCGGAGGUUUCUUUCUUGCUUUCAAAAUUAUAUCUACUACCUAGAGUUCUUAUAUUAUAUAUACCUUUCUAUCUAUUUAUCAAUAUUUCUUUUUCAUUGGACGAUCCUAAA